UACGAAACCAAGUAUAGGUAGAUGUAACUGCGUUGAUUCAUGUGUUUUUCUCCUAAUCAAGUAAUCAACAGCGAACAUAGUUAUCACUCAGUGAACAAGUUUAUCAAAGUACUUUGAUUAGUUUGCGGAUGUGUAUGAUGCAUGGUCGUGUUCUGCUCAUCAGUUUAAAAUUAUUCAUCCCGCAUUCACAGACAUCAGUUUUUUUUCGCGUUCGUUCCGUUUUUGCGUGAUUAAAUAUUAGCUGUAAAAUACUAUUAUACCUAGUGAAUUUUGAAAUAUCUUCACCGGUAAAUAUCAUGGUAGUGUAUCGCGUAGUAUUUAGAAACUUAUCGAACCGAAUCGAUGAUUUGGAAAAAGAAAUAUCAAGACGAGAACGUGAAAUGUGCCCGCUUGAAGCAAAAGUACUCUACGACGAUCUUCUAUCCGUCUAUGAGAAAAUAACCGAAUACGAAAACCAAAUGGUAAAAACGCUCACACACAGUUUUGAUCUAGGCGACUGGUUGGAUGAUAAUCGCAAGACUCACUUGAAGAUGACAAACCUGAAGAUCAAAUUGACUAAAAUCAUCUCCUCGGCCCAAUCAACACCAUCGACCGAAGCCAAGGUAAAACCGAUCGGAUCAGCCACCAUAUCGAUCGAAUCCCCGACCAAUACCCGACCUAAUUUAGAGCAGUUGUUCAAAAAAUCAGAAUCAUUGAUUGCACGAAUAUCUUCGUUGAAACCCAAAGAAGACCUUUGUCCGGAACAAGCCGAAAUAAUGCAAGAUCAUCUUAAAUCACUUUACGAGUCGUUCAAUUCGAAUCAAAUUGAAAUCGAGUCUCAAGUCAGCGGCACUGCCCUUGAUAGGCAAUUGGAAAUUUCCAUGCAAACUCAAAACAAAGUGAUCGAAUUCCAAACAACGUUUAAAAAAAUUUCAACUUCGAUUAUCCCUUCAUCUUUGACGCAAAUUCAGGCCUUGCAAUCAAAUGAAAUCAAGUCACCGGAAUCCGAAAGUAGCCUUCGAUCGAUAGAACUCAAACUGUCGAAUCUCACUGACUUCUUGGAAUCGCGAUCGAGUAUUAGAGAUGAAACUGAGAGUAAUAUCAAUGACAUCUACACCUAUGUUGAAGAUAAUUUAGAAAUAUCCAAAGAUAUUCAAAAUAAGAUAAUUUCUCUUCAAACAACGCUGAGGUCCCCUUUAAGAAGAAAUUAGAAUUAACCUACCUUAAAUCGCUUCAAACAAUUCAAACAUACGUUUUAUUGUGACAUUAGAAAACCAUAAGUAGGUACACUCUCAAAACAUAAUUCCCUAUAUUGUAAAUUGAAAAUAUACAUUUUUUUCUUGAUUACUUA